CCUGACCCCCCCGGAGCUGUAAGCCCACUAUGGGAAAUCAGUUAUUGCAUAAACACCAUACAUCGUACGUAGACUGUGCGGGAAACUGCACCAGCCUACGUCUGCGAUAUCCCGUAUUCUACCCGCAAUAGCCCGUAGAGUGUAGGGACAACCUAUAUAUAGCUGAAUACAGGUCACAUACUACUUCUAUAUAGCCUUACCAUGCCGAUUGAGCCCUCUUAGUCAGCAUACAGCGUAACUAUUAAUACCCCUCAAACCAGACCAGGCUUUCUCUAUGCUUCCACGGCGUUUUAUCUAUCAUUUAGUUCUCUCGACAUAGGAAAAUCACAACGAAGACUAGUACAGUUUGAGGAUGAAGGAGAUUGCCGCAACACCUAUGAUGUCCGAACAAGACUUCUACCAACCCUCGGAUGUGCCGUACUCUGAAUCAGCUCAGAGCCAUGGAGACGACGGGGUUCCUCACGACUCGGAUGACGAGCCUAUGGUCUACGUGACUCCCCGAGACUACGCGACUUCGGCGCGCCAGGAGCGUGACCGCCUCAUCGCUGAAGGUGCCGAUCCUAAUUCUAUUAUCUUCCAAAGCGAAGUAAAGAACUAUGUCCCACGACAAGAUGGCGAUUCCCCUACCGACUUUGCGAAGCGCUAUGUCGAGACUAUGAAGGCUAUGAUUGGUCGCGGCGUUUCUAUUCUGAAUGAUCAGUGUACGGCUGAUAUGGUGCCAUGUGGAUUCGAAACCACAGAUAGAAGGUUUUUCGAUUUAGGCCCGGGAUCAGGCGCGACGAAGCGGGAGUUUCGAGAAUUUAGUCAGUGGUUCUCGGAGGUGUCAGAAAAAGGACAGAUGUAUGAAGUGCCGGAGAAGUGGUUGAAAUUUGAGAAGCCCCAUCCAAGGGAGAUUUAAAUUACCUCGGCAUUAAUCCAGCGAGGGAUCGUCCCCAGUGAUGACAAGUCUCAGGACUUCUCGUGCAACGAUUCCUUUUCCGAUACUCACG